AGGACCUCAUGAAUGAUAUUAUAGUUACUUUGUGUUGUCCCAUAGUAUUGAUUCCUUCCCUUACACCGUGACAAGCUUUUGUGAAAGCCUAUGAAAAUUACUUUUCCUGGACUAUUUUUUGGUCCGUGGCCAGGGGGGCCACGACAACACUGAACUUUUUUUAUGAUUGACUGCGCAUGAAGUAUUCAUCGGUGUUUAAGGAAGCUGUCAAUAACAGCAACAAGACGCCAAGUAUUGCGUUUUCUAAGCUAGCGUCGCGCCACAUCGACAUCCUACCACUUCCUUGUUGAAACAAGAAAUUAAGAAACCCUUUUAUGAAUAUGUUGUUUUACCAUUAUAUACUUAUCAUGUGGUCUACCUACUUUAAGAUAAAAUCAUGUCCAUGAGCUGUGUUGAUGGAGCCGCGCUUGGCCUUGCGAGAGAGUGAGCUCACGGUGAACAACUCGUCUGGUUGAGCAGUUCUAUCUUGCCGCGCGUAGAUAUACGUAUUCAUCACCAGUCAGCAUCAACUUCCAGUCAGCUGGAAGGAUCUUCAAAAGGGGAGCCAGCUCCCCUUCGAACAAGACAAGAAAAAGAGCUCCUUCGACUUCUACCGAGUCCUGGUUCUCAUCAAAAGGUCGUCGAAGAGGAAGAUGUCCUCGUCGUCGGCCGCACCGGGAGGUAGUGGCAGUGAUGGAGGAGCUUCUGCUUCACCACCAUCGGUGUUGUCGCCGAGCACCAGUGGUAGUCGGCGGGGCGUCCUCGAGACGGUGAACAAGGAUUUGUUGGUCGCUGUAGACGAUGGCCGGUCUGCGGAUGAAGCAUUGAAGCGCAAGAUUAACGCCGCUUCUGCAUUGUUAGAGCACAAGCAAGCUCCUGCAACUUCUCCGAAAGCGCCACUAGAUGAAGACCUCGCGAAUAGACUCAACCAGAGUCAAGGGGCACUAGCCGCCGGGUCGUUGCUAGCAGGACUCAGCUCGAACAAGCGCCCGGGCAGACCUGGAUACAACGCCGCUGCGGGCGACGCAGCUCCAAUGCCGGCUUUGUUCGGAGCAGGAAAUAAGGGACUAGGUAGUAUGGUGAAUACUGCAAGCAGUAGCACCACCAGUGGGGGAGCCGGAGCAGCCGCGGGAUACGAAAAUAAGACAGCGCCUAGCAGCACUAACUCGGAGCAACCGAAGCCCAUGCUAGGUCGAAGGAACAGUGGAGUGGAUAUUACCGACUUGCUAGAUUGGACUAACAAACAGGAUCAAGCUGAAAAUGGAGGUGCUAGCAUAAAAGCACAAGCAGAACCUGCGGACGCGGCACCUGCACCAAUGAAGAAGACUGGUUCGCGGAUUUUCAAAAAAUUAGACCCCGACGGAGGUAGGAAUGGAGGGAUGACAAUGGGGGAGAAAGAUGUUCCCGGUGCAGGCGAGAAGGGAGCCCCAUUAUCGCCAUUCUCUGGCAGCAGUGGGCCACUCGGAGCAGCUAAUACAGCGACCACGGGAGCAACAACAACUACAACAAACGGAAACGGUAAUAAGAAUGGUACAAUACCAGCAGCAAGUGGAGGGACUACAGGAGCAGAAAGUAGUAAAGGUGCGUCAAACGAGGAACUGAUUAGUGGUGGAGCGCUAGGAAGGUGGACCUACAUAACGAAUCUGAUAGGAGCAGGCAUCCUGCGUGGGAAACGGAAGAUGUCGAUGACGUACGGGCAGCAAAACAACACUUCUUCGCCCAAGGAGGUCGACACCCUUCGCCAGUCCAAGCAUUUAUCGGCCCAUGACGAAAAAACUUCCGAGGAACAGGCCGUCGAAAAACGGCAGUUCUACAAAACCGGGUUGGACGUAACCAAACGAACGAAGAUUCUAGCGCAUUCUUUGGCCCAGACAGAAAUCGAGAAAGAACGAGAGGAAGCGGAGUUAUUGGGGAGAGACGAAUGGCAGUUGUGGAACCAGAAGUGGCGCGAAGGCAGAACGGGAUGGUUAGGCUACGUCCCCAUCUUCCACCCGGAUGCAAAUGCACGAGUAGCGUGGCAGGUACUACAACUGAUAUAAGAAUGUAUGUGUUUGCAAUCCUGAGUGACAGUUCUUUUUCGUCUGUACGUACUCUCUUCCUAAUUUUUCAAGCAACUAGAACUAUUUCUACUAGAAAAAAUGAAUCGCUCCACUAUCACCAUUAUGAUCAAAAACUCAGUUUUUCGCUCAUCACUCAGACUAAAAAAUGAAUCCGUCACCAAAUGAUCUGAACUUUUCAAUCUCAUCCAAAAAGAAACUUCUCCAAUGGACACGCACACACGGACACUCCCAGGUUUUGAUGGUUUUCCCUCUGAUGUAUAUGGGAACCGUGGUACCGUUUCGGCUGGCUUUUGUGGAUUUUCGCAUUUAUCCGGAUGAUCCGAUGUUCAACGUAGAAAGUGUAUCCGAAAAUAGCUUCUGGGCAGGAUGCGACUUGGUCUUGGAUAUAAGUUUCUGGCUGGACCUGUUCUUCAACUUCUUCGUGGCCUACUUUGACUACCGAGGCAUCCUGCACACGCACCCCACCGAUAUCUGGCAUGCAUAUCUAACCGGUAUUACUUAUAGUACUAUGCGUUUCAUCAGCACAAUGAUUUAGUAUGCUGGUACAGGAGCAGGCAGGAUGUAACAGAACUUCUACUAAUAUAGUUCGUUGCUGUGCCAAGAACUCACAACUGGACCAGCUGACUACGUUUAUCUUUAUGCCAACCAAAGAAAUAUUUCUCCCCUAACAUGAACUCGUAACAGGGUGGUUCACGAUGGACCUCUUAGCGUGUUUGCCUGCGGAGUUUUACGCGGUGUUUAUCGCGAUGGGCAGCGACACGAAUGCGAAUAAGAUCACGCGUUUGCCGCAGCUGUACCGCAUUGGCCGCCUCGCUCGGUUAGGCAAGAUGGGGAAGGUGAAAACCUUUUCCCAGGCCUUUAUACGGAGACUGCAGCAGCAACCAGCGAUAUUUUACCUCAGUAGCACACUGGGGAAAAGUCGACUAGCGAACGUGAGCAAGUUUCUAUUAGUCUUGCUCUUCAUAGCCCACAUCUUAGGAUGUUUCUGGUACCUUAGCGCAGCGAUGGAAAGCGACCCGCUACAAACUUGGGUAGGACAGCGAAAACAAGUGAACCCAGACGGAGAAGUCACGUACUUACUCUUUUUGAAACCUUUGUUAGAAAAAGUGAACCCAGACGGAGAAGUCACGUAAUUUCUUUUAAUUUUCCCAGCUACACUUACUUCAAACUUCAAAUACAGGGUUAUUACUGCUGUGCAUCAAUUCAUUUUUAAUAUGAUACUGUGCCUCCUCUUGGACUAUGACUCUUUUUUAAAAGGUAUUCUUGAACUAUCAUAUUUUUAGGUAGUACAGCCAGCACUGCUAGUACCAAUCAGAAGAAUGAUUCGUUCUCUCCAAUCUUUUCUAUUCUCUCUUACUUCCUUCAACCACUGCAAAUGAAAAUUUACAGUGUAAAUUUUUGUCUUUCAACCCAUGAACGUCAGUACUUAUUUGAAUUUCUUUUGACCAACAUGAUCAUAGGUACAUGUUGGAGCAGGGUCCGACGUAUCAGUGGCUGACUUGCGUGUAUUUUAUUCUGACGGUUUGUACCACUGUUGGUUUCGGAGACAUUACGCCAUUCACCAGUGGCGAACUCGUUUUCGUGACCGCUUUGAUGCUGUUUGGUGCCGUGAUCAACAGCAUGAUCGUGUCCGAGGUGAUCGCGGUGUUGUCCCGCGUGGACCAGAGCAACCAGGAACUGAGCCGCAAGACCGCGUCUAUUAGUUCCUUUUUCAGGAGAGCCAACGUGCAAGACACGGCCAUCGAGAACAAGAUCCGCAAGGUGGCGGAGUACCAGACCCGGGAAAAGUACGCCGCGAGCGGAGAGGAAACCACGGACCAGUGGAGGGCGUUUUGGGAAAUCUGUUCGAGCAUGAGCGGCUCUUUGCAGCGAGUAGUGGCGAAGCGCGCGUUUAACGGUGGGGUGUGGAACAACCAAUUCGUGAAACACUCGAAACUGCAGGAAGAAGGCGUCCCUUUGCUGUUGAGCAUUUUCCUCCAGAAGCGGAUGUGCGAACGAGGCUUCGUCUUUUAUCGCAUAGGAGAACAGGCGCAGAGCUUGUACUUCGUGCUGAGCGGCGUUUUAUCGUUUUGCGCCGUGCCGUCCGAGAUGGGGGGCAUAGCGAACGUGAGGAUGAUCGAGAACCUAGUGGAACUCGACGUCGGAACGGGAUUGGUGAAAAGACAUCCCUACACGCUGUUUUGCCGCAACGGCUACGUGGGCGAGUGGGAGCUCAUCGUCGCGUCCUCUAGGAAGUCGUGUCUGCGUGCAGAAACGAGGUCCGAGAUCUUGACGCUGAACCGCGGGGACUUCAUCAUACUGUGCUACAGUUACCCCACGAUCCUAGAGAACCUUAGGGGACACGCCAGGCGACGAGAAGAACGCCGACUGCUCAGGUUCCGGAAGCACACAGCGCCCAACGACUACAAGGAACUGGCUGCGAACACCAUUCGCGCCACAUGGUUAGAGGUCAAGAAAAGAAGAGCAAAAGGUACUUCAUCUGAGUGACGAAUUGUGAUUUAGAUUUUCUAAAAAACUUUUGAUCUAUCUCCUAACGUUUUUAUAGCUUCAUAUAGGUCCACAGGAAUAAUUACAGAUAGACUUCCGACAGCACAGUGCCAGUAGUCGAAGUAAAAAACUUAUAGACUAGUUCAUUUUUUCGUGCCUACUUUGAAGAUCUUCGAUGUAAGAAUGUCAAUUGUCGAGGGAUCUCGUCCAAUGUUUGCGUGGUAUCGAUUUCGAGAUGGAGACAUCCAAUAUGAUUGCGUCGCAUUUACUCAUCCUCUUGAAACAAAAAUAACAGCGAAAAUGAAGCGGACGUUCAAUAAAGUGCAUAAGAUAGCGGCGCGGGCUGUGCUCGGAAAGAGCGAUAGGACUGCCUUGGAAAUGUCGAAGGCUGAUCUCUUCAAGGUACCAUAUUUUUUUGUUGACUUCUAGAAAAGCUGAUCUCUUCAAGGUACCACAUUUUUUUGUUGACUUCUAGAAAAGCUGAUCUCUUCAAGGUACCACAUUUUUUUGUUGACUUCUAGAAAAUCUACUGUCAGACCACGUCUCUACGGCCUUCAUAAACGACGAGAACAUGGGCUACAGCAUGCUGUGUUUCAUUGUUUACGAGUAGAGCUGGUUUAUUAGGUUGCCUAGUAUUGUUGCAGCAUUUUCGGUAUUUUCUAGACAGGUCAGUCCUCGCGUGCAGCUGAAGCACAGCUCGGUCUAGUGCAGUAGAUUCUUUUUCGGCGUUUUCAUAGUCGUGAACGCUCACCUCUCCGAGGCGAGCCAAAUCCUAUCCUAUGUUUGUUGUUUCCUCUAGUAAAGAUGCACAGCUUACUACUUCUUCUUCCUCCCAAUCUUGAGUACCUUUCAACAUUUUGUCACAGGACAAGAAGAACAAGAUAACUGUUUGGAUAAAAAUUUUUUUACUCCUCUCCAGGAAAUGGCGAAACGCGAGGAGCGCAAGAAGUACAGCGGACGCGACCCUUCUACACCAGCGACACUAUCUGACCUGUCACGGAUGAGCUCAGACAUGGACACAGUGAGAACGCAGGUGUCGGAGAUGGUAAGAAUGGUCGAACAGCUCUACUUCUCAAACGCUGGGCUCGGAAAUACGGGAAGUAUGCGCUCACAUGAAUAAAAAGUUGUUGGCUUGCUCAACUCCUUAUACCUGGGUGUAACUCGGAAUGUACUAUAGGUAAAAACCCUAUAGCCGUUUAUAAGUCAUUAUAUCCUUGAUGAAUAUACCUGAUUCAUAAAGAUACUCUGUUCUUGUUCUUUUUCCUGAUUCUCGUACAAAGCUUCUCAAUUUCGUAUUUUCUCAUGCUUAUCGACAUAUAUGAAUCGAACUCUUUGCUUAUAAUGAUACUUCUUAAUGCUUGACAACAUGAAAUUAUAAUGCUUCUUCAUGAAAAACAAAAUAAUGCUAAAAAGAUGCUGACUAAAUGCAAAACGGACGAUUUCUCGCUAAAUCAAUGCGUCUUUCUACAAGGUUAAUGGUUUUCGGUUUAACAAAUUCUCAUAAUGUUUUUGGGGUUGUGCUAUGGCUGUAUUCAACAUAAUUGGAAUAUCUUUCGAUAAUACUUCUAACAUGCUAAAACAUCAACGACGAGUUCAUUCAUUCUUAUUCACUAUUUACGUUUACCAGUUUACGAGUUUACGAACUACUACUAUAACUAUUAGGUUUAUUCCCAAUUUUAACAAGUGUUCAAGUCCUAUCAAAACAAAAACACAUUCAUAUCUUACACCAAUGUUUGUACUUGCUUUGUUUUAUUGAUUACUUCUGUAUACCUCAGUGUAUAGCUUUUUUUUCGAUCGUAACGAGUGAAUGCCAGCGCUCAUGAGUGCUGUAAUUCCUUGAGUCGGUCCUCGGAAACUUUUCAAAUUUGUUUUACUCAUGAUCAAUAUCAGUUUAACUGCAUGGUAUUUUUUCUAGGCGUAGGCUGGUCAGGGUUCUUGCUCGAAAUUUCUUGCUAGUUUGAAUCAGGACUCAGUACUAAGCACGAGAGUUAGUGAUCAUUCUAUGAACUUUAGUGAUUAUUCUCUGACCUUUAUUCUCCUGUAAGAGCAGUUGGAGUAGCACACCAGUCCAGGUUCGAUCUUAUGCUGCAUCGAGAAGCUGGACCGGUUCUCUAGCAGAAAUGUCGACUUACGAUCAUGAUAGGGUCGAUGUGAAGACUUCAUCGAGGAGUCCUCACUUAAGAGCAUUUUUUUAUCUAUAGAAACAGCAGCACCUCCGCUUCGUUGCCCCCGUAACCUAAUGGUACUAGUAGUAGAGACCACGUGGUGGAGACUAUAAUUAUGCUGCGGCGAAGAUCAUAUUAUAAUCAUGAUGUUGUGUGGUCUUCGUUGUAGAAGACGAAGACGAAGACGAUCAACUUGUAGAUUAUCAACACGACUGCUUUCGGAUAGGAAAUGCAGAUAGGCUUAGCCAAGAUCAAAAAUGGGCUGUAACGAGGAACGCCGUUAAUUGCGGACGCACAAUGCACUCGCAACAUACUUUUUCUACAUGCUUGCAGUCAGAAGUGUACGCAUAAGAGAUUCAUUGGAGGAAAUGAACAGGAGAUAUUGG